CCUUUAGGGUUGCUAAAACUGAAGCUAGAACACUAUCGAACCUUGAACACCUCCUCUCUAUAGCCGGAGACUUCACUCAGAGAAACUCAAGAGAAGAGGUAGAAGCAAUGGAGGGAGGAGAAGAAGCUGGAGCGGAGAUAAUGGUCGAUUCAAAGGACUUACAGCAACAAAGCAAAGCUUUAGACAAGCUUACCGAUCGCGUCGAGGAUCGCCAGCUCGAUUCUAAUCGUGUUCAAUCGGCUAUGGCUUCGAUUGCUGCUUCUAGGGAGGCUGAUCUGAAUGCUAAGAGAUUGAGGGAAAAGGAACUGGCUUCUGUUAAGAUCAAUGCCGCAGAUGUUGAGCUCAUUGUUAACGAACUCGAGCUAGAGAAGAAUGUGGUGGAGAGAACUUUAAGGGAGCACAAAGGCGAUGCCGUUGCUGCGACCAGGGAAUUGCUUUCACGAUAUCCUCUAUGAAUGGCCUUUUCCAGCUUUUACUACUUGCAGUUUCUUUUGUGUGUGAGGUUUGAGAACAAGUAUCCAAAUAUUUAACUCAAGUUCGAAGUUUUAGUCUUCUUAUCAAUUUAAAUCGGGCUGGUCUUGGAACUGUACUAAACUAUGGGAUAUUAUAGUAACAGAGGCACUUGCAAAGCAAAACAAAAU